UGCACACAAAGCAGGAAGCAGACCGCCGACUCUCGUGUGCGGUUAGCUCGGAGCUAAAGCUAAAAACAAUUUGUUAAAAUGUCCAAAAGCCAAACACUGAGAGCUUUGGUGAAUGAGCGGCUGACUGCGGCUGCUGAAGAGAUCUUUGCGCUGUUUGAAAGAACGAUAGCGGAGUAUGAGGAGGAAGUGUGUCGCUCCAAAGAGGAGAACCAGAGGAAACAGGAGCUCCUGGACUCGAUACUGAGCCCCUCAAAGAGUCCUGGUCCCGGUCUGAACCAGGACCCUCCACACACUCCACGGAUUAAAGAGGAGUCAGAGGAGCCAGAGGAGCCAGAGGAGCCAGAGGAGCCGAGCGUCAAACAGGAGGUGGAGCAGGUCUCAGUGGGCGUCCCAGAGUCCAGUGCUGUUUGUGUGAAGACAGAAGAGUCCUCACUGCUUCAACAAAGACGAACGGAGCUCAGAGAGGAAACACAGGGAGACGACAUCAGUGCAGAGACACAUUUACACUCAGAGACUGAGGGAGACACAGAGCACUCCUCUGACACUGAUGAUGAAGACUGGACAGCUCCAUUCAGCUGUCCAGCUGCACAGAUGGAGACAGAUGCUGAUGGAGACCACGACAACCAAGUCCAGAACUCUGGUCUAUCCCCUAAAUACAAGUUUGCACCAGAGACCAGUGCCACUGUGAACAAUGCAGACAUGUCAGGAACAGCAGAAGGCGCUGAGGACAAGAAACACCAGUGCUCUGUGUGUCAAAAGAGGUUUGGGGAUAAGUGGCAUUUCCAAAGGCAUAUUAGAAUUCACACAGGCGAGAAACCAUUCAGUUGUUCAACCUGUGAGAAAACAUUCAACCGAAAGUCCAAUCUAGAUAAACAUGAAAAGCUACACACAAAGAAGCCAUUCAGCUGUUCAAUGUGCAACAGAUCAUUUAAAACAAAAAGUAUUCUGGCUCUACAUGUAAAGAGACACCUGGGUGAAAGACCCUACAGCUGUUUAAUUUGUAAGAAGACAUUUUCUCAUAAGUGUGAUCUAAAUAAACACGUGAGAACACACACAGGUGAACGACCGUACAGGUGUUCAAUGUGUGAAAAGGCAUUUAUUGAGCAGAAUGGUCUUGUUAAACAUGUGAGAACGCACACAGGUGAAAGACCUUAUAGGUGUUCCAUGUGUGAGAAGGCCUUUUCUGAGCAGAGUAGUCUUGUUAGACACAAGAGAACCCACACAGCUGAACGACCUUACAGAUGUUCAGUGUGUGAGAAGACGUUUUCCCGCAAAGAUAUUCUGGAUGUACAUGUGAGAACGCACACAAGGGAAAGACCCUACAGCUGUUCAAUGUGUGAGAAGACAUUUUCAGAUAACAGUCAUUUAAUUAGACAUGAGAGAACACACACAGGUGAACGACCUUACAGCUGUUCAUCAUGUGAGAAGACAUUUUCUGAUCAGAGUAGUCUUGUUAAACAUGUGAGAACGCACAGGCGAAAGACUUUACAGAUGUUCCAUCUGUAAUCAAGGGUUUAUACAGAGACAUUGUUUGAGUAUUCACAUGAGAACUCACAGAACAGAGUGUGACUAAAGGAUUAUUGAUUGUGUUCAUGAGAUGUUUUAAAGAGCCUAAAUUCUGUUUUGGAAUUUGCUGCUGAUGACUCAAAAUACAGAUGUUUGGCCCAGA